AUGGGCAGAAUAUUAAUGCAGUAUCUUGCAACGAAAACGGAUCCCGUUUUGGCUAGUUUAAUUGAUUCUGAUUUAUAUGAGCUCAAGCUUGCAACCAAGAAGCUCUUCAAUGAUGCAACUAUGCUAGGAGGCAUAGGUUUGGGUACAUCUUUCCUUAAAUGGGUCGCCUCCUUUGCUGCCAUUUAUUUACUGAUACUGGAUCGCACGAACUGGAGGACAAAUAUGCUGACUUCCUUAUUAGUGCCUUACUUGUUCUUUAGUUUACCCGGGUCACUGUUCCAAUUUUUCAGAGGAGAAGUUGGAAAAUGGGUUGCUUUCAUAGCAGUCGUGCUAAGGCUUUUCCUCCCUAAACAUUUUCCCGAUUGGCUAGAAAUACCUGGAUCAAUGAUCCUUAUUUUGGUGGUGGCCCCUGACUUUUUUGCUCUUAAGUUGAGGGAAAAUUGGGUUGGAAUAGCGAUUGAUCUUUUCAUUGGGUGUUACCUAUUGCAAGAACAUAUCAGGGCUUCUGGUGGAUUCAGAAAUUCUUUCACACAGAGACAUGGAAUAUCAAAUACUCUUGGCAUCAUCUUCCUCAUAGUCUAUCCUGUUUGGGCAUUGGUUAUCCAUCAUUAA